AUGGCUUCUAACCCCGCUUUUCCCACGAUCAAACAUGUGCGCACUUUCCUCAUCGACGGUGUGGGGUCUGGGGGUGACUAUCACAAUGUAAAAGGUGGGCAUUGGUUGGUGGACAGCUCCAUUUCUACUCCAAUGGCUAAAUGGGAACAAUACCGCGCGUCAAGAACCAGCUGGGGAAUCAAUGUAUUGGGCUCCUUCUGUGUCGAGAUUGAGACAAGUGAUGGGAGCAAGGGAUUCGCCACGGGUUUUGGAGGCCCCCCGGCCUGCUGGCUGGUUCAUCAGCAUUUUGAACGAUUCUUGUUGGGCAACGACCCCCGAGAUAUCAACGACAUGUUUGAGAAGAUGUACCGCGGAUCAAUGUUCUACGGUCGCAAAGGUCUUCCUAUCGCUGUCAUCUCCGUUAUCGAUUUGGCUCUUUGGGAUCUCGUCGGCAAGCUACGAAACGAGCCCGUUUACAAGCUGAUUGGCGGAGCCACGCGUAAGCGGCUGGACUUUUACUGCACCGGACCUGAGCCAGCGAUAGCGAAGGAAGCUGGUUUCAUCGGUGCCAAGGUUGCGCUCCCAUACGGGCCGGAUGAGGGGCCAAGUGGAUUGAGGCGGAACAUUGAAUACCUCCGUAAGCACCGCGACAGUGUCGGUCCUGACUUCCCACUCCGUGUCGACUGUUACAUGUCGUUGAACGUGCCCUACACGAUCGAGCUCGUCAAGCGAGCCGAGGCCGAGGGACUCAACAUCGACUGGUGGGAAGAAUGCUUGACUCCGGAUGACUAUGACGGUCACGCCUUGCUUAAGAAGGCCCACCCGACUGUCAAAUUCACCACCGGUGAGCACGAGUACUCGAGAUACGGAUUCCGCAAACUAGUCGAGGGACGCAACCUUGACAUUAUCCAGCCCGAUGUGAUGUGGCUUGGUGGUCUUACGGAGCUUCUCAGAGUCUCUGCCCUCGCUGCAGCUUACGACAUCCCAGUCGUGCCUCACGCCUCGGGUCCUUAUUCGUAUCACUUUGUGGUGUCCCAACCCAACACACCAUUCCAAGAGUAUCUCGCCAACUCUCCGGACGGCAAGAGUGUGCUGCCAGUGUUUGGCAACCUGUUCGUGAACGAGCCUAUCCCUGUCAAGGGCUAUCUGGAUUUGACCCAGUUGGACAAGCCCGGAUUUGGCCUUGAGCUCAAUCCGGCAGCACCUUUGAUCCCCGCUGCGUCAAUUCUCACACCUGCGCCUGCGAGGAGUUUGAGGGCCCCAGAGCCCGAGUCAGUCCCUGAGCCAGUCCCUGAGUCUGUUCCUGCGCCCGUUUCCGAAGAGCCGAAACCAGAGGAGGCAUCGAAUGGUCACAUUUAG